AUUCAAAGAUAAAAUGUAUUUGUUGCAAAUUAACUUUAAAUAAAAAAUGACAAAUUCAAAUCUUUUCAAUUAAAAGAAAAACAAAAAAAUUAAUCAUCAAAUGGCUGAGUAUCAAUUAUUUGAUGAAACAAAUGGAUAUCGCUAUUCGUAUUGUCGAUUGCGUUUGCUUGUCGCUUUAUAUGUUCUAACAACAAUCGCAGUUUUUGCCUAUUGGAAUGCCUUUUAUACACAUCCAUUGGUCUAUCCACCAAACUUAUCAGAUGUCCCCGAAUGGUGGUACAAACGAGCAUUUUACUAUGCAAACAAUAUCCACGAAACAACCAACAUAUCACAUGAUUUUCGAAUCUAUCAAUUGAAUCAUUUCAAGAAUUCUUCCUCAAAGAAUUCAUUGCACUAUGAUGUGAGGGAUCCUGCUGAGUAUGAUGAGAAUAUCUAUCAACCGAAAGAAACGACUGCUGUAAAGCGUCUUGUUUGCUAUUACACUGUCCCGACUCCAUUGAAACAGAUGGAUGCUUUGCGUUUGUCUGGAGUAGAUGGAUACCUUUGUACGCACAUUAACAUUGGCAUUGCAGAUGUUCAAAAUAACUCCAUAAUCCUGACUGAUGAUUUGCGAGCUGCUUUGAAUGAAAGCCAUAGUCUUCGCUCAAAAAACCCCAAUAUUAAAAUACUUCUUUGGGUUGGAGGUGCUGAUUCGAAUGGAUUCGUUGAAAUGGUUCGCAAUCAUGCCAAUCGAAAGAUAUUUAUACAAUCGUUGAAGAAAAUCUUAAGCAAUCAUUCAUUGGAUGGAGUCGAUUUGGAUUGGGAAUUUCCAACAGCUUACAAUAGAGAACGGCAACACUUUUCACAAUUGUUGCGGGAAAUUCGUCAAGAGUAUAUUCGGGAAAAGAAGAAUUAUCUACUGACUGUGGCUUUGGCUGCGGCAGAGGGAAUUGCUUUGUUUGCUUAUGAUGCUAGAGAAAUUAAUUUGUAUGCGGAUUUUGCUAAUAUAAUGACGUAUGAUUAUCAUUUUUAUGCAAGGAGUACUCCAUUUACUGGCUUAAAUGCACCGUUAUUCGCUCGCUACAAAGAACACUCCGUCUUGGGAACCUUAAACAUUAAUUAUUCUGUAAAUUUUUGGCUAAGAAGUGGACUCGAUAGACAAAAAUUAGUAGUUGGAUUACCAACAUAUGGACAUUCCUUUACUUUAGUUAAUCCCUUCAACAAUGGCAUAGAGAGCCCGUCUAGUGGAAUUGGUGGUGUUGGCAGUAUGGGCUUUGCAUCUUUUUCAGAAAUAUGCUGGUUCAAGCAAAAUAAUGUAUUCCUUACAACAGUAUUUGAUGAAGUCACAUGUUCCCCAUACAUUUAUGGUGGAACUGAAUGGAUAUCAUUUGAAAACGAGAAAAGCGUUGCUUGCAAAACAAAAUAUAUUACAGAAAACGAUUUAGGUGGGGCCAUGAUUUUCUCCCUCAACACCGAUGAUUAUGGUGGAUUUUGUGAUCCUAAUAUGGAACCAAGUGAUCAGUCAUCAAUAAAAGGGAAUAAUUUGAAGUUUCCUUUGGUUCAAACGGUGAAGGCGGUACUUUUUGAUGGGAAAUAGAAAAUGAUAUUAAUUUUUGGAAAUAAAUCAAUUUGUUAUGCUAUGGGUAUGCUGUGUUGUGUAUAUAAAUAUAUGUUAUGUUUUAAAUAAUGUAUUUUGAGUUAUGGAUAUAAAUAAAAGUGAAAUUAUUUCUAGUCUA